AUGGCGAGCGGGAUCAGGGUUGAUGGUGAGCGGGGUCAGGGGUUAGGGUUGAUGGUGAGCGGGGUCCUCAGUCAGGGGUUAAGCUCUGACCUUGCUGUUUCAGAUGAUGACCUCGACCUCCCUUCCAUCCGUUGCUUCGUCACGUUCACCGACGUCAAAACCGAACAGCUGACCUGUGACCUCCCCUUGUCCCCCAACCCUGGGGAGACCCUGGCCCUGACCGCCAGUGAGGGGGAGGUGAGCGAGCGCUGCCUGAUCCAGGCCCCGGCGAGGAGCUGCAGUGUUCCCAUUUCCGCUUUCAUCUUGCUGGACCCCUUGUGUAUGUGGCUGGAGAGGGUGCCUGGCACCCAGGGAACCUCCAGCACCCAGGGGACCCCCAGCGCCCACGAGACCUCCAGCACCCACUGGCCCCCCGACAUCCAGGGGCCGUGCCUCAUCUAUAGAGAGAUCCUACACAUGGUGCGGCCGGCUGUCCCGUAUAACGUGUCGGUGCUUGUGGUGCCCGAGGCGGGCGAGGUACAGGUGAGCUGGGAGGUGCCGUCCGUCCGCUUUACCCAACUGGCCAUCAACCUGCUGCACCAGGUGUCGUACGGAGCAGAAACGUCCCCCCCACAGACGAUGGAGGUGACAUUGCGCUCGGUGAGCCUGGUGAUGCGCUGGCUGGUGGCCGGUUCCUGCUACACGGUGAUGGUGCGCUCCCGGCCCGGCCCCAGCCACACCUAA